UGUCUGGGAUUGGGAUCCUAUGAUGAGCUCCAGUCCCGGGGCUUAGACUUCAUGACACUCUUGAAGGAUGAGAGCAAAGAGACGACAACACCGGUCACUACAGUCGAGGACAAAAAUUUAGUGCAUUUGGAUAGGGAUUCACUGAUGCGGUCGUUCUCUAUGACUAGUGUUGAGGCCAAAAAAGAUCGCAAUCUAACCAAGAGUAGUGCCUCCAUCACUGAUAGUAUUGAUAUGGCUAAUAUGGAUUUUAUGGAUGCGGACGAGACGGACGAUCCUCACAUCCAAGAGGAACAGCGAGAGUCGGGUUCCAUAGAUAGUCGCGUGUACUGGGAGUACGUGAAAGCCGGCGCCGGACCUCUAUUGGCUAUAUUUGGUAUACUGGCCACCCUAUCGUCGCAAACCAUAUUUCACGGCUCAGACUUAUUCCUAACGGCCUGGACUGACAAAAAUCAAGCACAUGGGCUGCUGUUUGUGACCACGUUCAUUCGGGCCAUCACGUGGUUUGUGAUGUGUAUGCGGGCCUCUGUUAACCUUCACAACAAUAUAUUCAUACGUCUAUUACGGGCCCCGAUAUCCUUCUUUGACAACAACCCCGUCGGUCGUAUAUUGAAUCGAUUUGGAAAAGAUCUAGGUGUUAUCGACGAAUUUCUGCCAGCCACAUCUUUUGACUUGAACAUUAUAAUUGGUCAGACAAUCGGCAUAAUAGUGGUGUUGGGUUUAGUCAACUCAUAUCUGGUUAUACCCGCGAUAGUCAUAUUUGCAAUCGUUGGCGGCAUUCGAGCCGUGUAUAUAAAGUCCGCCCGAGAUAUCAAACGUUUCGAGGCGUUGACCAGAAGCCCUGUGUACUCGCACGUGAGCACUACCAUCAGUGGGUUGGCCAGUGUCAGGGCUUAUGGGGUUCAGGAGUCUUUUGAGCGACAAUUUUACGUGUAUCAAAACGACCACAGCGCCACCUGGUUCACUUUUGUGGGCACAUCCAGAGGUCUCGGGCUGGCCAUCGACUGGUUUUGUGUCGCUUAUAUUAUAAUUAUAUCGUUAGUGUUGAUGAUUUUCCCCGAUGGUAUACCGGGAGGCAGUGCUGGAUUAGCCCUGUCGUCGGCACUGAUGUUGACGGGAGUGACCGCAUGGGGUGUCCGGCAGUCGGCAGAGAUGGAGAGUCAAAUGACUUCAGUUGAGCGCAUCAUUGAGUACUCAAGACUACCACAAGAGGCGGUCCUCACAGCACAUGAUAACCAUAAACCCCCUCCCGAUUGGCCAUCAAAAGGUCGAAUUGAGUUAAAUCAUAUGUACCUGUUUUACGAGGGAUCAGACAAACCGGUGCUCAAAAACUUGAAUUGUGUUGUAAAGAGUGGAGAGAAGGUAGGGAUAGUCGGGCGGACGGGCGCCGGCAAGUCAUCCAUCAUAUCAGCGCUGUUUCGUAUGGUUGAGCCAAAGGGGGAGAUAGUAAUUGACGGCAUUAACACGGGAUCCAUAGGUUUGCAUGACUUGCGUCGAGUGCUGUCAAUCAUACCUCAAGACCCGGUGGUCUUCACGGGAAGUGUGAGAAGAAAUUUGGAUCCUUUCGGCGAAUACAGCGACCAAAGGAUAUGGAGUGCCUUAGAAGAG